AUCAAGUACAUAAAAAUGUAUUGUUUUGUAUGAAAACGUCUCCUCCACAUGAUGUCAAGCAUAAUUAAUUUCCAAUUGUGGCCGCGCCAACGUUUUUGUUGCUUCCACUGUUCUUGCAGCUGUUAGCCGCCGCAGUUGGCGAGUAAUUAAUAUGGAAAAUUUUGCAUCUCAUUUACUUUAGCAACAAUAAGAACAACAUUAUCAUCGAAACAACAUAAACAAAUUUAUUUUAAGAAGCAAAUUUAGAUAAAAUGAAUAUUAUAAAAUCGCAUUCAAAUCAGAAACGACGGCAUUCAUAUAAAAAUAAAGAGGCAACAGCACAUCCAUUCCAGUUUUUUAAGCAAAGAACUAUAAAUGCUACCAGAAGUACAAUUUUAAAGAAAAAUAUAAAGUUUCUAUCGUUAAAUAUGACGCAACGGUUCUCAAGUUCUUGUAACUUAGUUGCAAUUAUUUUUCUAAUAGUGAUCUCAACAAUUGUUUGUCCAUACGUGAAAGCUUCAGCCGUUUUAACCGGUAACAUACAAUCGUGCUCUAAUGAAGGUGAAGAGAUUUCAUUACAGGGAAUUCAAAACUCAGACUGUUUCAAGUGUGCCUGCAAGAAUGGUUUUGUGAAUUGUGAACAAGAAAGUUGUCCUUCUAUUGAUGAUUGUUAUCUACUAGAUUCGAAAGCGCCUGAUAUUUGCUGCAGAAAAUGUAAAGGAUGUAUAUUCAAAGGGCUUGCCUACGCAAGUGGUACUGAAUGGACUGAUCCAGAAGAUCCUUGUAGAACUUUUAAAUGUAUUGCUAGUGUUGUCACAGAAACAACAAUGAAGUGCUAUACGCAAUGCGAUGAUAAUCAAGCGGCACCACCAAGACCAGGCGAAUGUUGUCCCACAUGUUUAGGUUGUAAAAUCAAUGGACAGAUUGUAUCUGAAGGACAAGAAGUUGUAGCUUCAAUUGAUGAUCGUUGCCUCGUAUGCCAAUGUACAGGAAACAAACUGACUUGUGCUAAAAAAACAUGUCCUAUUUUGCAAUGUCCUAUAACGAAACAGCGAAAAGAUCCCAAUGAAUGCUGUCCUCGGUGUACCGAACAUCGUGAAUUUAUGCCAGUAACGGGCAAGUGCAUCUUUAGCAACAAAGUGUAUUAUGACAAAACUCAAUUCACACCAGAUCGCUGUACAAAUUGUACUUGCACAAAUGGUACCUCCAUUUGUCAACGUAAAACUUGUCCAAUACUUGAGUGUUCACCGGAAUAUCAAGAAAUGGAUGGAUGCUGUCCACGUUGCAUUAUAUCUGAGGUGCGCAGUGAAUGUAUGCAUAAUGGCAUCACUUAUUCCAAUAAUGAAACUUGGAACUUAGGCCCCUGUCGGUCAUGUCGUUGCACUAGUGGUAAUAUACGUUGUUCGGAGAUGCGCUGUCCUCCCAUCAAGUGUCGGACAAAUGAACUGUUGAAAACAUUACCUGGAGAGUGCUGCCCAAAAUGCGUUGAAUCUGCUGGUACCUGUACAGUAUUUGGUGAUCCACAUUUCAAGACAUUCGAUGGCAAAUUUUUUAGUUUUCAAGGUUCUUGUAAAUAUUUAUUAGCGGCUGAUUGUAGAGAUCACAGCUUCUCUAUACGUCUGACUAAUGAUGGACGUGACACAAAACGUUCAUCAUGGACAAAAACCGUAACGCUUAAAAUGAAAGAUGUACGUAUUAAUCUAGGACAGAAGAUGCGUGUAAAAGUGAAUGGCUCUCGUGUUGUUAUGCCCUAUAGCCAAGGUUCAAUAUUGAGUAUAGAACGUUCUCCAGAAGGUAUUUUGUUGAAAACAAGUUUAGGCAUCAAUAUUGAAUGGGAUGGAAAUAAUUUUCUACAAGUUAUGGUACCGGCAACUUAUAAACAUAAACUAUGUGGUCUUUGUGGUAAUUAUAAUGGUAUUGGACGCGACGAUCUAACCAGUCGCGAUGGUUCUAAUCAUUCAGAGAAAGAAAUAUGGCGAUUUGCAAAUUCUUGGAAAGUUGGUGGCCCUAAAUCCUGUUCAAGAAAAGUUGAUAAAAUUGCUGUACAACCUAGUUGUAAUAAGCGUAAGUCCAAUGCCUAUUGUAAACCACUGCGAGAAUCUGAAGUAUUUGGAAACUGUGAUAAUAGAUUAAAUCCCAAUAACUAUAUUGAUUCAUGUAAAAUGGAUGUAUGUGAGUGCCCGAAUGGAAUGUGUCACUGUGACAGUUUUGCUGCUUAUGCACAUGAAUGUCAACGGCUGGGCGUGCGCCUCCCAGAUUGGCGCACCGCUACUAGCUGUCCACUGGGUAUAUGGCGACGUAAUACAACGAAUUUGGCUCUUUCCUUGAGUAGUAAUCGUUACUACGGGGAUAUGAGCGUAGAUAGUAACAACUUGCGACCAUAUCAACGCAAACAGAAUCGUCGACGGAAACAACAACUACAGAAUAACCAACUUUUACAACAUGAAUUUAUGACAAAGCAUGUUCCAAAAAAUCUACUUAUCUCUAAGUCGCCAGAUAGAACACCUCCACCAAUACAUUAAGUUACAUACCUGCCAUGACUAUUAAUUGACAUGGUUUCAUCGAUAAGCACAUAAUCUCAUUGCGAAAUUAAGAAAAAGAACGGAAAGCAUAUUGCUUUUUGGUA